CGACAGCAGCUUGAAGAAACCAAGACCAGCCCUCCGCCUCUAUCCAAUCUCCGUUUUCUAGCAAUCAUCAUGGCUUCACAAAAACCAACCGCCCUCAUCUUCGGAGCUGGUGCAAACAUCGGCGCCGCGCUGGUCCGCAAGUUCGCCGGGGCCGGCUACCGGGUGGCCACCGUAUCUCGCAACGCAGCAGACCCGCCCGUUCCGUCUUCCGACGGCACAACGCUGGCCGUCCGCGCCGACCUCUCGCAGCCCUCCCAGAUCUCCCGCGCGUUUGAAGCCGUGCAGAGGACGUGGGGCGCCUACCCGAGCGUCGUCAUCUGGAACGCGGCCAGCCUGACGCCCUCCCCGGACAAGGACAACAUCUUCAGCGUCCCCCUCGAGACGUUUGAGAAGGACCUUGCACUUAUGGUCACCAGCCCCUUUGUUGCGGCGGGCGAAUGCUUCAAGGCCUGGGCUGCUGGGGCUGAUGAUGCAGAGAAGAAACGCUUCAUUAUGACGGGCAAUAUCCUGUCGAAGGUCAUUGCGCCUAACCCGGAUCUCACCACCCUUGGCAUUGGCAAGGCCGGCGCGGCAUACUGGGUUGGAGCUGCCGACUUGCUGUACAAGAAGAAAGGCUGGCGGUUCUUCUAUGCCGAGGAGCGGACUGCCGAAGGAAAGCCGAUGGGCCCUAAUCCAGGGGGUGAUUCUCACGCCGAAAUGUUCCUGCACCUGGCGCAGGGAGGUGAAGACUUACCGUAUUACAUCACCUUUGUCGACGGCAAAUAUCAUGUAUUUGCGUGAUGUUGAUAGUGGCUAAUAGAAGGAUGGGGAGUUCGAGCAUAAAACACAUGUAAUCGGGCGACGGGAAGGAUACCGUAAAAACUCGCCAAAUCCGUCCUUUUCUACUGCGCGUACCCAAGACAACCGACCAAUCCCAGGAAGCCGGCUUGCAACUGGCCUGCAGUGGUUCAAAACCUUACAGUUAGGAUGCCAAAGAGGACUGAGCCAUGA